AUGGGAGAUACACAUACUCAUCUGCUUGUUUUCGGCGAUACGGCCACUGAUCGGCUGUCUAUGAUCCAGGCGCUGGUCCGCCAUUCAAAGUCCUCACCAGCCGCACGCACAUUUCUCCAGCAGGCAAGAGAUAAAUUGGACAUUGAGUUUGCAAAGUUGAGGCCAGAAGAGAGAGAUUGGACUCGCUCGGAAUCGCUGCUGGCGCUGGCUGAGGAAGAUGCCGACCCUGAUGUGCCCACAAGUGCUUUCAUCCCCACUGUGUUAGCCAUCGUUGGGCGACUCGGUGAAAUCAUUGUGCGUGCGGAGAAAGACCCAUCCAUACUGGGUUCCAGCGCAAAUCCAACACAUAUCCUGGCCUUUUGCUCAGGGCAGCUAGCGGCCGUCCCGCUUGUUGCUGCGCAGGACACAUCAGAGCUACUACCAGUAACCCUAGAGAUUCUGACCAUUUGCGUCCGAUACAUCUCUCUUACAAAACGGCUGCGAAGUAACCUUGUGGCUCCUCAUGAAACAGGAGCUUGGUUCGUCACAUAUCUCGGCAUACAGGCAGAUCGCAUGCAAAAGAUUCUUGAUGAAUACCACGAGUCCCAUAGUGUGCCUUCAUUACAGAGGAUCGGAAUAGGUGUUGUUUCCGAAGGUUGGGUCACUUUGAUAGGGACGCCAUCAUCCUUCUCCCGUCUUGCUGCAGCGUCACCGGAAAUCUACAAUGCUCCACACAUACCUACCGAUGUGGGUGGUCCAUCCCACACCCAUCACAUGCCAAUUCCCAAUGUUUACGAGAUGGUGGGAACAUCUCCUCUCCUGGACCGCACAAUUGACUGGUUUAAAAUCACCAUGGCCGAUCCAGUCGGAGGUGGGGAUCCAUGUCGACACACAACCUUGCGAGAUUUGGUUGGAGAAAUUCUCGUCAAUAUCUUGGAGAGGCCCUUACGAAUUGACAAAGCUACUAAGACGUGCACGGACCGCCUUCGGGAUGUCGUGUCCCAGACUGACAAGACCUGCAAUCUCCAGGUUCAUGAAAUGGGUAAAACCCCACACAUGAGCUUCGUUCAAAAGUCUCUUAAGGGCUCCAACAUCGCAUACGAUUUGGUCUCAUCUAGCGUACCCGCUUUUGUUGAUCCAGAGUUUUCAACCACUCGUGGAUCAUCAGACCUGGUAGCCAUUGUUGGUAUGGGAGGUCGAUUCCCCGACAACGACACUCUAGAUGGCUUCUGGGAAGAUCUCUUGGAAGGCAAGUGCCAUAUCAAGAAGAUACCCAAGAGCCGUUUCGAUGUUGACAGAUACUACGAUGCUACGCACAAGCUCAAGAACUCCACCGCAGCCAAGGAAGGCGGCUGGCUUCGCGACCCUGGCCUCUUCGACAACCGAUUUUUCAACAUCUCGCCGCGGGAGGCUAUGCAGCUGGACCCCGUGGCACGGUUGGCUCUGACUACAACACAUGAAGCGCUUGAGAUGGCUGGGUACUACCCAGGGGCUACCCCGUCCACGAACCCAGAUAGGGUGGCGACCUUCUUUGGCAUUACGGGAAUGGACUGGACCGAAAGCCUACAUCAGCAAGGAUUAGAUAUCUAUGCCGUUUCUAGCAUUGCAAAAGCCUUCAUCACUGGUCGUAUCAACUACACCUACAAGUUUGGGCGUGGCUGCUAUUCCCUCGACGCCGCUUGCGCUUCGAGUACCACUGCCAUCACACUGGGAGUGCAGAGUCUGCUUUCUCGGGAUUGCGACAUGGCUCUCGCCGGAGGUGGCUCUAUCUUCUCCAGCCCUUUUGCUUUCUCAGCUCUCAGCCGGUCAGGUAUGCUUGCGUACGAAGGCGGCUGUAGAACGUUCCACGAUGAUGCAGAUGGCUAUGCUCGCAGCGAGGGUAUGGGCAUGGUCGUGUUGAAACGUCUUGAGGAUGCACUGGCAGACAACGAUAACAUCCUGGGUGUUAUUCGUGGAGCCGCACGCUCCUAUAGCACAACAUCGACGUCUAUUACCCAUCCCAGCCAUGUGUCACAGGAGAAGGCAUUCCGUGAGGUCCUCGGUCAAACAGCCGUUGAUCCAGAGGAAAUAUCCUACGUUGAGAUGCAUGGCACGGGCACCCAAGCUGGGGACUUUGAAGAAAUGACUUCAGUCUUGAAUGUAGUGGGGGGUCAGCGAAAUGCUAGCAAUCCGCUGACAGUCGGGGCUGUCAAAGCAGCUGUUGGACACGGUGAAGGUGUUGCAGGCGUCACAUCGCUGAUCAAGGCGUUGAUGAUGCUGAAGCAUGGCCAGAUUCCACCGCAGCCCGGGGUUCCCUUCAAGAUCAACAGCAAGUUUCCUCAGCUCGACAAGCGCCAUGUCCACAUAGCCUUGGAUCAGUCGCAACUUCGAGCUAGCCCAAAGGCAAGAGAUGAGAAGGUGAGGAUGCUUGUAAAUUCCUUCGAUGCCUCGGGGGGAAUAUGCUCCUUGGUACUCGAGGAAGGACCUCAGCUGAAAGGCUCCACACCACCCGAUCCACGUACCAGCCAUGUGGUUGCAGUUUCUGCUCGCACCCCACUGUCGUUACAGCGAAACUGCGAGCAACUUUUGGCAUUCCUGGAGAAAACACCUAGCACACGCCUUGAGCACUUGGCAUACACAACUACUGCAAGGCGUAUGCACAAUGCCUUGCGCAAGGCAUUCGUAGCAUCUUCAAUGGAAGACCUGAAAAGGCAACUCAUUGAACACAUUCAGAGCAGCGCCAGUCAGGGCAAUGUCCAGAAACCGAAAGUUCCGAAAGUGGUCUUUCUCUUUACAGGCCAGGGAAGCCAAUAUACCGCCAUGGGAAAGACAUUGUAUCAGACUAGCAAGUCCUUCCGCAGCGUGCUGGAAACCUAUCAAGUGUCAACCCAAACUCUUGGUCUCCCAGACUUUAUGCCUGUUAUUGCCGACGAUGGCUUCGACUUGAGUACAGCAUCUCCAACUCAGCUGCAGCUUGCGAUCGUGGCGCUUGAGCUUGCUGUGACAACAAUCCUACGAUCAUGGGGCAUUGUCCCGGACGUUGUCAUGGGUCAUAGCCUUGGCGAAUAUGCAGCUCUCUGCGUCGGUGGUGUAUUGUCACCAAGCGAUACACUCUAUCUUGUGGGUCAGCGUGCGCAAUUAAUGGAACAACACUUGGAGUCCAAUGCGUACGGGAUGUUGGCCACCAGAUUGAGUGGCCAUGGCCUAGAUGCACACAUCAAAAAGAAACAAUCUCAGGGAGCAAUCUCCACUUGUUGCAUUGCUUGUCUCAACUCUCCAGUCAACACAGUCGCUAGCGGCAGCAUAGUCGAUUUGACAACUCUGAAGGAUGAAUUGGCUGCUGAGGGUGUUCAGACUACACUACUGCGAGUACCUUUUGGCUUUCACUCCAAUCAGGUUGAGCCGGUGCUCCCAGAAUUCCAAAAAUUGGCAGAAAAGGUCGAGUUCAACAUGCCUCGCAUACCAAUUGUGUCCAGUUUGACUGGAGACGUGGUGACGGAAACUGGUGUCUUCAACGCUCAAUACCUCUCUCGCCAAGCUCGUGAGCCUGUCAACUUUGUCCGUGCUCUGCAAUCUGUCGAGGCGGCUGGCUUCACUGGCACACAGUCUUUGUGGGUAGAGGCUGGUCCCAGUCCAGUUUUGCUGGGGCUCGCGCAAAAGACACUGAACAUUCCAGCGUCGCGCAUGUUACCUGCUUUCAAGCAAAAUGAGGAAAAUUGGAAUACCUUGGGAGCCUUACUGAAGGCGAGCUAUGAGAACGGUAUGACUGUUCAAUGGCCCACUUAUCAUGCGGAGUUCGUAGGAUCUCUGCGCAUGCUACCGGAUCUUCCUACAUAUGCUUGGGACUACAAGGACUAUUGGAUUCCAAGCGACAAUGGGCAUAAAGUCAAGAACCAGUUGCCUUCAUCAACACUGCACAUGCUGGAACAUGAAAGCUUCGAUGAGGCUUCUCGAACGAUGAAAGCAGUCUUUUCAUCGGAAACUUCCACGCCCAGCCUCCGAAAUGCAAUCGAAGGCCAUGUCGUCAAUGGGCAUAAAAUCACGCCGCUCGGCAUAUUUUGCGAGAUGGCUCUUGCAGCAAGCAAAUACUGUCUUUGCCGGCUGGAUAAUAGUACAAGUGGUGAAGAGCUUGACGCCACAACAUUGAGGGUGAUGGAUAUCACACUUGAACAUCCAGUACUACUCGAUGGAUCUGCCAGUCCAGUAAUUCUGACCUCUGCCGUCUGCUCUGCCACCGACAAGACCACAAAGAUUGUGUUUGAGUACAAGAGCGAAGCCGGUGCUACUCCAAAGCCAGUAGGAGGUUGCCAGGUAGUGUUCAACCUAUCUAGCAGUAAGUCAGCUGCGCUUUCACCAGCAAUCUCACAGACUGUGUAUUUGAUCAAAGCCCGGAUGGCACAGCUUCGCUCACUUGCUGCAAGGGGACAAGCCCAUCGCCUCUUACGCCCUGUGGUGUACAAAAUGUUCGGUUUCUAUGUCAAGUAUAGCCCAAGCUAUCAUGCUAUCGACGAGGUCAUCUUGAGCACUGAGUCGGAAGAUGCUGUUGCAUCCGUCACCGCACCUGUCACCGACGAGCACGCUCAGCAUGUCUGCAAUCCCUACCUCUAUGAUGGAGUAACACAUCUCUCGGGGUUUGUGAUCAACAAUGGACUGCGGUUUGAUGACUCGGAGGUGAUCUGCAUUGCUGACGGCUUUUCCGAUUCGUGCAUGUGGCAGCCGCUGGUCGCUGGGAAAAAGUACACUACAUAUGUAAGCUUGCAUGAAGUACCAGGGUCUACCGGACGGUUUGAGGGCAGCUGCUAUAUCUUUGGCACUGAGGAUGGUCAGCUUAUUGGCAUGUACUCAGGCUUCCGGUUCCGAAAGAUGAAGAAGACUGUGCUGGACUAUGUCUUGGGUGGUUCAGCAAAGGUUGCUGUCCGUCCUCGGCCAAUCGAUCAUGAGCAUGCUGUCGCUAGCAUCCACCCUCAGCCAUCAGCUAUUGCAGACAAGGACCGGAAUCAAAGUGGGCAUGUUGUAGCUGUCAGUAGACUUGCCGCAACAGCUGGAAACAAACCCAAAGUGCCGGCUGUUCAGAGUAAUCCGGUGGCCUACCGAGAACAUCACUUGGUUGACCGCAUCUUCGAUAUCGCAGCAGCAGAAGCAGGCUGCUCUGCUGCAGACAUGACGGAUGAAGCAUGCUUUGACGAUCUUGGUAUUGACUCGCUUCUUGCCAUUGCGGUCCUUUCACGAUGUCAUCACGAACUCAACUUGGACCUGCCAGCAACGUUCUUCUUGGACAACAGGACAGUCGGCGAUGCAAAGCAGGCCCUUGCUGAAAACCAUGAACGGGCCGAUGUACUUGCUCUGAGCGCUAGCCAUCAGGUUGAGGAAGGCUUCGACAAACCGACCCUUGCAGUCGAUUCAAAGCACAUUUCGGAAGUCGAGAGCGCACCCAAGUCCAUCGAGAUGCCUGCAAUGCCAACGCAAGAGUCGUUCACCUCCUCACAGCUGGCUUCGAAUGAUGCCUUCACACACCUACAAGGUCCAGACUCAGCAGGUACAAUGCUUUUCUUGUUUGCUGACGAAUCGGGGUCUUCCAGCAACUACAGACAGAUUCCAAGUCUCGAUCUUGCAAUCAUUGUCUAUGGCGUCAACUGGGCUGUUGCCUCAGGUACCGACUCGGAAAACGAAUCCAGCAUUAAGAGCAUUGCGCAAACUCUUGCUUCGGCUAUUUCUUCAGGUAUCAGCUCUAGCAGACGAGUGAUUCUCGGUGGUGUUGGCGUCGGUGGUGUCCUUGCCGUUGAAGUCGGAGGCUUACUUCACAACAACAUUGCAGGCGUCAUCGUACUCGACCCUGCCACAGCCUCAAAAGAUGUCAUCGCGCAGUCAAUGGAUCGCCUGAAGCGCAUGCGCAUUCUCAGACCCGCGCAGAAAAAAAACAUGACGCUUGCGAGUGAUCUCGUGGUGGCGUACAAGCCCGCGUCUGUUGAGAACAAUGGUAUGAAGUUGAUAACUGUAGUUCCUACAGCAGGUGACUUGGGCGUUGCUAGGGAAUGGGGCCCUAGUACGGUUGUUCAUCAUGUGGAGCUGGAAAGCGGGGCGUUUCUAAAAAAGAUUGAUGUUUUAGGCGAAAAGCUAAGGGAGGUGCUAGGUAUGCUGGCGUAG